AUGCAUUUAUGCCCGCUUCCCCCUCUCGCACUCACGGUUCUCCACUCUUUUCACUCGUGCCCUCAUCCCACCCUUCCCCCAUCUGGUCUACCUCAGCCUCUCAUCUCCGUCGGCCACAGUGCGGGGAGCAGAGGGGGGGCGAGACUGGAUUCAGGAGGAGCGGUUACCACUACUGUGGAGGAGAGGCAUGCGCACAUGGGAGCAGAGGACUGGGCGGGGAUAGCAGGAGGAAUGCAGGUGGGGUGGGGGCCCCAAUGGCCAGUAGGAAGGGGGUUCCCUUGGCCGAUGGGGGUGGGACAGCAAUGGGCGGUGGGGAGUGGGCUUCCAUGGCCGAUGGGGGGUGGGUUCCUAUGGCCAGUGAAGAAGGGCAGCCCGGUUAAGGUGCGUGGGAGAGCAAGCGAAGAGGAGGUGAUGGCACGGCUGAAGGGAACGGUCAACAGCUUGCUGCUGCACAUCCACCCCGAGGAGCAAGACAGCUUCCUGGAAGCCAUCUCGACCCUUGUCCUCACCGAUGUCAGCCAGCAGCCUGACAUGGUCAAGCCAGUAGUCGCGGCUCAGCUCCUCUGCCUGCCCUCUCUCACAGCACUUCACUUCUACGCAGCUUCUAUCGCUUCAGACGCCCUGCCACUCUUCCAGUCCGCCGCUCAGCUCCACCGCCUCGUCAUCGCCUGCUAUAAGCCCUUUGCCUUGCUUUCCAACCGACCGGCCAACCGUCAAGCCAACCUGCCCCCCCCAUCUGAUCCCUCUGCCAGCGAAUUCCAGCCAUUUCAGCCAUUUGCAGGCUUGAAGGAGCUGCAUGUGAGCUGCGUGACCGACUCUAUGCUGCAGCAGGUGGGGGUGCUGACGAGCCUUGAGCAGGCGUAUGCAAAAGUCCCCAGGACACGCAUCGAUGGGAGUAUGUGGGAGGUGGUGGCUGCCCUGCCGGGUCUACAACACCUGGAGCUGCACUCACCAGAGCCCAGCACGGCUGCAGUACGAUCCCUCUCCAGCAUCACACACCUCACACCCCUCUGCAUCACCAGUACGCCGCUUGACGAUUCUGACCUGCUGGGCUUGAGAAGCCUCUCGCUGCUCACAAAACACAGCCUGGCUGCUUGCGCGUUUGAAGCAGACCAAGCAGUGAGGUCGGUGAUUCAAGGCAUGACGCAGCUGUAA